AAAUUUGGGGACACCCAUCAUCAUGGCGAUACCAAGACAACAUACUAAACAAAUAUUUGAUAGAUUUUUUUAAUUGGUUUUGGAAGUCAUAAUAACACUCAUGACUUGUUGAGAUUGACUUUACUGCUUUUAUGUUUUGGGUCUCAGAGAUCCCAGUGAUUUAAUGGUUAAAAUAAUCAUUUAAAAUAAAAAUUUCCCUUUACAUUUUCACUUUAACCUAUUUAUCUAACACAAAACCUAGUUGACAGCUAUUAUUAAGCUAUCUAUCUAUCUAGCUAUCUAUCUAACUAUCUAGCUAGCUAGCUAUCUACUGUAUAUAUAUAAAAUUGACAUUUUAUGGUUUAUGCCUUGCCUUGCCUUGCCUUAUCCAUUCUGACAAAAUGUUCAUUACAAGUUCUGAAGUAUCAAACCGAUACUUAAAUAUAUAUUUUUAAAACCAUUAAAUGUGCUUCUCAGAGAAACUUUAGUAGAUUCAUUUUGGAGAUUAUGUAAAACCUCUGACUCAAUAGCCAUAUUAACUUGUUUGUUCUUGCUGCCCGUGGUGUGGAAGCUGACGGUAAAGAUGUGCUAAUUAGAGGAUCUUAUCUGAAUGAGGAUGUACAUCGCCUGCUGUUCUUUUUUCUAGUGACUCAGUAGUGAAAGACUCAUUCUUACUCUCUAUUCUACCCAUACCUGUACUUUUACGUUUUUUACUUACUGUUACUAUUCUACAUGUGUGUAGAGCGGUAAACCGCGGUGAAUGUUUUGGCAUGUAGAUUAAUAUCGCUCAAAAGUGGCGUGGAGAACAACUGGGGAGAGGCAGAAGAGAGGUGAACCGAACCUGAGGUGUGGUAUACUGUUGACUCAAUCUGAGGACUUUAACAUUAACUUACUGCACAGACAGGUGGGAACUUCCCUGACGGUGCUGUUUAAGAAAAGUUUCAGACAUUAAAUAGAAUCUUAUUCUCUUAAAGAAACUCUUCAGGUUGGCUUCCAAGAAACACAUUCAGUAGCCCAGGUUAAAAUCAAUUUUUAAUAGUUUUUAAUUGUUAGAAAUUUAAUUUAGGUCUGGACUUAAGCUAUCUCUGGAAAACGUUUUGAGCCUGGCUGAAUAAACUGAUAUCCUCUUGAUAAUAAAAUAUUAUAUAAAAAAUCAGAACCUCAGCAAAAAAGAAUCCAUUUAUUUUUUUUUGAUUACACUUCACUGGCCUUUUUCAGUUACGAUGACAUUUUAUUGGACAAAUCUAACAUUCACAACAUUUCCAACAACAACUAAACAAACUUUUUUUUUCUGCAAGUAUAUUAUUCAGAGCAGAUCAUUGACCGUAGAUCUAUUCUGUUUAGGAUUAUUUAUGUGUUUUCGGAAGGAUUUGUUCAAUCUUUAGAAGAUCCACUAUUGCUUUUCUUAUGUUGGAUUUGUGACUCAUUACAUUGUCACUCUCACAAUUCUCACAAUUGUAACCUUUUUAAUGGCCUACUGAUGUAUUGAACACCUUCUGAAAUUAUUUUGUUGAACACAGAGCUCAAUUCACAGGGCAGGGACCCCAGCCUCCAUACAUUCAGAAGCAUUGAUUUAGUAGGCUUCCUCUAGUCCCAGGGCCUGGGACAAUGCUCCUGGUUGUUCACCCUGAUGGCAGCUCUGUCUGGAUUCGCUUUCUUAAGAAAGAGUAACAAAUAACAAAGAGUACCACACUCCAUAAUCAUGGAUUUAUGAGGGCCAAAUUCUUGCGCAGUAGGUCUGUAACUAAUAAAUCUCAAUUACCUUUUAAAUUCGAUCUACUGAAAUGUUUUUGGUUCAAGCAAACUAUCUAAUUUUAGAAACCUGUGUCCUUCAGAAAGCAAAAGUAAAAUUUCAGUUUGUGUUACUGGGAAAGGCCCUUAGUCUCAUACCUGACUGUGACUGUAUGAAUUUAACCUCUGAACUCUCAUGAGUUGACCAUCCAGUAACUUUACAUCUUUUUCAACAAAUACGAUGUGGGGAAAUCCCAGGAAAUUAUUUCAUUUGUGCCUGAAUGACUUACUAGUGAUGUAAUGAAUAGGGUACUGACUUUUUGAUUUUGAAACGUUUCACACUGAUUACUGUAGUGUGAAAAAAAAAAUCAUAAUUUUUUGUUCUUCACUGAUUUCAUUCUAAUUUAGGACUGUUAUAAUCUAAUGGGUUAAAUGGAAUUGUAUUUUAUAUUGUAUCUCUGAUUUGGAAAAAUGUAGCAUUACAUCACUUGCUCACCGUUGGAACCACUGCAGUGAAUGGGUGCCGUCAGUACGAGGUUUCUUCAUCAUGGCCAAUCAGCCUCUACCACUGUCUCAGGAGACUUUAGCUCAGUUCAAUCGCUCCAUGUCCACAGAACCAUGUACCUCGGGGCCUCCAAGGCGACGUCUGGGCUCUAUCUCCACUCGCCGAAGCUCCAAAGACCAAUCCAAGGACCAGCCCCACCACAGACCCCUGUUUCUCAGGAGCAUGACGAUUCCUUCAUCCGAGUCAUCGUUCUUGAGCCCCACCGUCAGCAAUUCUCACAUCUCCAUGGGCAAGCGGUUCUCAUUCGCAGGCUGGCACCAGGGAGGAAGAGUGAGCUUCUCUGGACUGUACCUCCAACAACCCAUCCAGGAGGUGUAUGUGGAGAACACCUACAGAACGGGACCAGAACCAGGGUGCCAUUUCAGUGCCAGCAGGACCCAGCAGAUCUUACAGGCCACUUUGGAUAGUUAUUUGAAAGGUGUGUGUUACAGUCCUGAUAGUUGUAGUCAGCUGUGUCAGAUGUUAGCAGAUCUAGUUCUCAGUAAACUAAAAGAUGUCAAUCCGCCACGAUAUAAAGUCGUGUGCCAGGUGGUUGUCGGGCAGAGUGGUAAACAAGGUAUAAGGGUGGCCAGCCGUAGCCUGAUGAACCCCAACACUGACAACUACACAUCUGCUGUUUUCCAGAAUCACCAACUGUUUGCUGUGGCUUUGGUACACGGCUUGUACUUUGAAUAAAGGCUAAAUCAACAGCCCUUAAUAAGAGUGCACAAAAUGCAUGCUUGAAAAAGUAAAUAACAUUCUUUUUAAAGAUUCAAACUAAGGGUGCAUUUAGUUGAUUAAAGAUGUAGUAAAAAUGGUAAUAUAAUAAAAAAUCUUUACAAUUUUAAAGAAAGGAUUUUUUAAUAGUUGAAUAGGGGCAGAACAUUUUUUUUGGCUUGUCUCUGAAUUAAGACUUUUAUACCAUAAUUUAAAAAAGUUAAACAUUUUAAAAAGUAAAUUAAUACAGUGAUGUCAAACCAGUAUCACAAUUUAUAUACAAAUUGUAAUCUUUCAAAAAAAAAAAAAAAAA